AUGCCUACUUUCUCUGCGAUUGCUUUGGAUAGAAUGCUAGAGCCAGGGGCUUCCUCAUCUGUAGAAUCUGCACCAACCACGAAAUCGUUUUAUUCAAAGCCACCGAUAUCGAAACUGGAGAAAGGUAAAGGUAAAUUACCUAACGAGAGGACACUCACUCGUCCGCAGAUAUCACCGGCUCUGUACGCCACUCCUGAUGCUAUUCGGCUCCCCAAUUCGCCAUCUUCUUUCCCACCAUCGCCCUAUAUCAUCAACCACAAGUCACGCGGUCCUCGUCUUUUGAAAAGCUCUUCUGAGGCUGAUGUGGCUUCUCAACAGAAGACCAUGGAUGAUGAAACCGUUAAUGGUGAUGCAGACGUUAAGGCUUCACCUCGGAGGAAGUCCACCUCGUUCUCCUUUCCUACAAGUGAGGCUGCUGAAGUUGGAAACUUUGAUUUUGAUGGGAUUGUUGAUGGUCCUGUUGAGCAAUGGAGUCCGCUUAACGGGAAAUUUGGGAAUGGAGAGUCGGAGCUGGAUGAUGGCGCCAAUGGUUUAGAACGGGAAAAUGAUCUGCCGGAGCCUGUUACGGCCAGAGCAGACAAGGAGAGUGAGUCUGAAGAUUUCUAUGACCCAGGUGAAUCAGCAAGCUACACAAGUGAUGCAGGAGAGGAAGGUUCACAAAGACUUGCUGCUACACCUGUGGGAGAGUUUUAUGAUGCUUGGGAUGAACUAUCAACCGACAGUGGAAUGCAGAGUUCAGUUAACAACAUCGAAUCUGAACUAAGGGAGAUAAGGCUGAGCUUACUAACGGAAAUGGAGAAGAGAAAACAAACAGAGGAGGCUCUGGAGCAGAUGCAAAUUCACUGGCAGAGACUCCGUGAGCAGUUGGCCCAGGUGGGUCUGUUCGUUCCUCUCGAUCCAACAACCUCCACCAACAACAUGAACUUAUCAGAAGAACUACGCUGCCAACUCGAGGUUGCUAGGUUUGUCUCCGACUCUCUAGGCAGAGGUAUGGCCAAGGCGGAGGCAGAGAUGGAGAUGGAAUCGAUGCUGGAAACGAAGAACUUUGAAAUCACACGAUUGUCUGACCGUCUUCACUACUACGAGGCCGUGAACAGAGAAAUGUCCCAACGAAACCAAGAGGCCAUAGAGGUGGCGCGACGAGAGAGGCAGAAGAGAAAGAAGAGGCAGAGAUGGAUUUGGGGAACAAUUGCAGCAACCAUUACUCUUGGAAGCGCGGCUUUGGCAUGGUCUUACAUCCCUGCAUCGAAACCAUCAUCAUCAUCCGAAGUAUCACAGACUCUUAAGGAUGAUUAA